GUUGCGUCAUGGAAUGGGCGUGUCUUUAGUGCAGCUGAUGUUGGUGUGUUCGCGUGAGCUGCGAGGUUUUGGUGGUUGCGGGGAAACAAGAACAAGGAGGGCCGGCUUCAAGAUGACGGUCCCCGGCCUCGCGACAUUGAUCUUGGCCGUUAUGGUCAUCCACAAGGUGUCUGCAGAGUAUGGCAUGGCCCACUUCAGUGAUGCAGGCGAAAGCAAAGGCAAGGACUACUGCAUCUUCUUCAACUCGCAGUGGGCGCGUCUACCUCAGGACCUCAACAAGGCGUCACGUCUCCAGAUCUACGACCUGACCACAUCGGUCCUGUGCUCGUCGUCCGACGUCCCAGAAGGGGGCUUCCCCAACGGCAUCCCCAUGGUGAUGAGGGGGAACUGCACCUUCUACGAGAAGGUCCGGCUGGCUCAGAUGAACGGCGCCAAGGGCCUCCUCAUCGUCAGCAAGGACAGACUGACGCCGCCGGCAGGGAACAAGACGCAGUACGAGGAGAUUGACAUCCCCGUGGCACUGCUCAGCUACUCUGACAUGCUGGAUAUAAGCAAGACGUUCGGUAAAGGGAGACUGGUGGCGAUGUACGCUCCCAACGAGCCGGUGCUGGACUACAACAUGGUGAUCAUCUUCCUGAUGGCGGUGGGGACAGUUGCCGUCGGAGGACACUGGGCGGGCAGCAAGGACAGGAAGAAACGCUACAUGAAGCACAAGAGGGACGACGGUGCGGACAAGCAGGACGAGGAGACGGUGGACGUCACUCCCAUCAUGAUCGGCGUGUUCGUGGUGAUGUGCUGCAGCAUGCUGGUGCUGCUCUACUUCUUCUAUGACAGCCUGGCUAUUUGGGUCAUAGCCAUCUUCUGCAUGGCGUCCUCCGUGGGCCUCUACAGCUGCUUGUGGCCUUUCGUGCGCAGACUUCCUUUCUGCAAGUGCAGGAUCCCGGAGAACAACCUUCCGUAUCUUCACAAGCGGCCGCAGGUGCGAACGCUGUUGCUGUCGGCCAUCUGCGUGGGCAUCAGCAUCACCUGGACGGUGUUCCGCAACGAGGACCAGUGGGCGUGGGUGCUGCAGGACACGCUGGGCAUCGCCUUCUGUCUCUACAUGUUGAAGACCGUCAGGCUGCCCACGUUCAAGGCUUGCACUUUACUGCUCACCGUCCUUUUUGUCUACGAUGUUUUUUUCGUAUUCAUCACACCCUUUCUCACUAAGAGCGGCGAGAGCAUCAUGGUGGAGGUGGCGGCCGGCCCCUCCGACUCGGCUACGCACGAAAAGCUUCCCAUGGUGCUCAAGGUUCCGCGUUUGAACUCGUCUCCCCUCGCCCUGUGCGAUCGUCCCUUCUCCCUCCUUGGCUUUGGUGACAUCCUGGUGCCAGGACUGCUGGUGGCGUACUGUAACCGCUUUGACAUUUUGACGCAGUCCUCCAGGAUCUACUUUGUGGCCUGCACCAUCGCAUACGGCGUGGGCCUCCUCAUCACCUUCGUGGCGCUGGCCGUAAUGCAGAAGGGCCAGCCGGCCUUGCUCUACCUGGUGCCUUGCACUCUGCUCACCAGCCUGGCGGUGGCGCUGUGGCGCAGGGAGCUGCCUCAGUUCUGGACAGGAAGUGGAAUUGUGCCUCCCAUAGCGCUCGCCCCCAUCGAGUGUACGCAAGCGGCGGCGCCUCCCGGUGCCUCCCAACGCAAAACGGAGACGACGGCCGGCAAAGAAUCCAAUCAGAACGGAGACCAGGGUGCCGGUUUGCUUCGGGAGACGCCGCAGACCACGGGAGAGGAAAAGCUGACCUAAAAAGGACUUCCAGUGCUGUUGUCACCUCAUGGCUUAUUAUUAUUAUUAUUAUUACUUUUCAACAGUAUGAGGGCAUUAAAAGGGAAACGUUCAAGUCUUGACCUCACAUUUAAGGGAAGCCAAAGGCUGCGUUGAUGCGUGAUGGAAAGGAUGGCAUGGUGCUAUUGGGACCGAACCUCCGUAUGUUUUCUUUGAUGCUACAUUUGCUUUUGCAUGCUAUGAAAGUAUAAUCUAUAGUGUAGAUGAUGGCCCACGGCACUUUGGAUGAGGAGUGGUGUGGAAAAAUACCUUAAUAAUGCAACAUACUCCUUUUAGUCCUCAUGCUGGGAGUCUUUGGUUUUACUUGAAAAAACACAUGAGGGUUGGCUGAUUGUCAUCACAUUUGUUGAGCUUUUAAGUGCCUCCGUUGAGGAGGACAUAAUAAAAGACUGACUUUGCUGUA